UGAUGCUUGUUUGCCUUUAGUGAGAAAGAGCAGCGGAUCAGAAACAAAGGAAACGCGCACUCGUCUUUGUGAACUGGUAUGAGCUUACAGUAUUACAGGGAUGCCCAAGGAAAAAUAUGAUCCGCCUGAUCCAAGGCGGAUGUACACAAUAAUGUCCAGUGAGGAGGUUGCCAAUGGGAAGAAGUCGUAUUGGGCAGAGCUGGAGAUUGUUGGUAAAGUACGGAGUUUGAGUUCAGCAUUAUGGUCCCUCACCCACCUCACUGCUCUUCAUAUCAGUGAUAACUCUCUCUCCCGUGUCCCGCCCGACAUUGCCAAACUGCACAACUUGGUGUACCUGGACCUCUCGUCCAAUAAGAUCAGGAGCCUGCCCGCCGAACUAGGCAACAUGUUAUCUCUCAGGGAACUGCUUUUAAAUAACAACCAGUUACGAGUUCUGCCUUUUGAGCUUGGGAAACUCUUUCAGUUACAAACAUUGGGUUUGAAAGGAAACCCUCUUGCACAAGAAAUCUUAAACCUCUACCAAGAGCCUGAUGGGACGCGUCGGCUCCUCAACUACCUGCUGGACAAUCUUGCAGGCACUAAACGUGUAUCUGCAGAACAGCCACCACCUCGCUCAUGGAUACCACUGCAGGACCCAGACAGGACACAGCCAGCAGCACUGUUCUCUGUAAUGUGCUACAACGUGCUAUGUGACAAGUAUGCCACACGUCAGCUCUAUGGCUACUGUCCCUCUUGGGCCCUCAACUGGGAAUACAGGAAGAAAUCCAUCAUGCUGGAGAUCCUCAACUGCAGCGCUGACAUUAUCAGCUUACAGGAAGUGGAGACUGAGCAGUACUACAACUACUUUCUGGUGGAGCUUAAGGAACAUGGUUAUGAAGGAUUCUUCAGCCCCAAGUCCCGAGCCAGGACUAUGUCUGAGUCUGACCGCAAACAUGUGGAUGGCUGCGCUGUCUUCUACAAGACAGAGAAGUUCAGUCUGGUGCAGAAACAUACAGUGGAGUUCAAUCAGCUUGCAAUGGCAAAUUCUGAGGGCUCGGAGGCCAUGUUGAACAGGGUGAUGACCAAGGACAACAUUGGAGUGGCCGUACUACUAGAGCUACGGAAAGAGAUGAUGGAGCAGUCUGCUGGGAAGCCGCUGCAUGGCAUGGAGAAACAACUCAUUUUGGUGGCCAAUGCUCAUAUGCACUGGGACCCUGAGUAUUCAGAUGUGAAGCUAGUGCAGACCAUGAUGUUCCUCUCGGAGGUGAAGAAUAUCGUGGACAAGGCCAAUCGCAGUCUGAAGCUCUCCUCUCUUUCUGGAGAAACCAAUGCCAUCCCUCUGGUCCUGUGCGCUGACCUCAACUCUUUACCUGACUCUGGUGUGGUGGAGUACCUGAGCACAGGUGGUGUGGACAGCACCCACAAGGACUUCAAAGAGCUGCGAUACAUUGACAGCUUGACCAACUUCAACUGCAAUGGCAAGAAUGGCACCUCCAGCACCAGGAUCACGCACGGCUUCAAACUGAAGAGUGCCUACGAGAACAGCCUGAUGCCUUACACCAACUACACCUAUGACUUUAAGGGCAUCAUUGACUACAUCUUCUACUCUCAACCUUUGCUCAGUGUGCUGGGCGUAUUGGGUCCCUUGGACCCCCACUGGCUCCACGAGAACAAUGUCACUGGCUGCCCCCAUCCCCACAUCCCCUCUGAUCACUUCUCCUUGUUUGCACAAAUGGAGCUUCUCCUGCCCUACCCACCUGCUGUCAACGGCAUUCAUCUGCCUGGUCGCAGGUAGUUCUCCGAGCCAGCAGGUGUAGCUCCAGCCCGUGCUUCUUUUUGCUCUCAUGGUGGAUAGAGAGAGAAUGAGGCAGGGGCUGUUGUGUAUAAGUCUGAAACCAGUUAGAGGAGAAGGGGGUAUGGCAAACUUUUAUUCCCAUGGAUUUUUAACUGAAGCAGAUGCUAAUGUCAGUCUUAUCUAUACCACCUUUCAACUUUUGUUUUCGUUUCCUUUUUGUUUUCUGUUUGGUUUUCCCCUUCUGUUUCUGGGCUCAAAGUUAAAAUUGCUAAUUUUUCCAACUAGUUAACACACCCAAGGGCCCUGAGUGUUACUGUAACUUUUACCUUGAGACAAAAGUCAAAGCUUUUUUAUAACUAUAUGGCAAUAUCUUUGAAACACAUCAGGGAGUCCAGAUCAAGUAAGUUAUCAUGAAAUGAAUCAUUUGGAUCAUGCUAUUUAUGAGGCCAGUUAAGAGUGAGCAGCUGCAUUUGACCAAAAAAAUAAAUAAUUUCACCAUCUCCGCUCAAGUCAGAUAGUGAAUCUCCCUUAUUAUAAGGGCUUUUAAUGUAUAAAGAGAGCUGGUCAAACUCUAAUACUUAGUCAGUGGUGCUGUGGCCUCUCUACAGGCAGUUUGCUUCACAAUCUAGCUUAGCACACAUUGGGCCAGGUCCAUCUCGAAUGGAUUUAUCCAUAGGAUGCCAUUCGUACCAUGGGCAAUUUAUAUAAAUACAUAUAUAUUUUUUUUUAAUGCUUUUAAGAAAGCAACAUUUCAAUUAGCAACUUGUGAAGUUGUCAUGCUUCAUGUGCCAUGGUGCCCUCAUUGUGCUGAGGUGCUCACAGAUCUUGUUUGUACAACAGCGAGAAGGUUUCAGUAAAGGGAAAUAAUCUGGAACAGGCAGCUGUGUUUUAUAUGGCAGUAACUGUAGCCUUUGCACCUGGGGUGCUGGUCUCAGACCUGUUGAAUUUGCCAGGAGAUCAUGUUAAUAAGACGAGGGUGUAAGGGUGGCAUAUGCUUGCACAUUCAAAGACAGGCACAUCCCACUCAUAGAUGGAUAAAUUAACCCUUCAAUGUGGUCAGUAGAUGUCUUGCCCAACAAAGACUCCAGUUAUUCAUUUAUUUUGUUUUUAGUUUAUUUUCUCUCUACAUGAUUGUAUAGAAGCAACAAAUGUACUGCAAAUGUUUUUUUGUUGUUUUUGUUCUUUUGUAAGUACACAGAUUAGAUUUGGAUGAAAAUGAUUGUAUUUGUAAAUGAAAGCAAAAUUUAUAUCCGUGUUAGAUGUUCAUCUUAAUGAACAUUCAAAAGACCAGUGUGUUUAAGAGUUGUUUUUUUUAGGUUUCUGCUGUGUAAAAUUGCAUAUGUCAAGGUUUUCCCUAGUGUACCAGUUUAUUUCCUCUUCUGAUAUUGUUCCACCGAGGCCGAUAACUGGUGAUGUGGUCCUGUUAUUCACUUUGAUAUUCAAGAACUCAUAACAUUGUGCCUCACUGAUUCGUUUUUCAGAGCGCACUGCCAGUGCUAUCGGUGAACACCUGAAACGCCUCAAUAUCUCUGUACAUGUUCACCAUCCUCCAAUAUCCUCCUUUCCAUUAUCCUCCUUUCCAUUUGUCAGUUUUCUAUAUUAGCUAUCAAACAUGAUCUCUUUGGGUAUAAAAAAAAAACAGCAAAAGAUUGCUUUGCUGAUCCGCUCUUGUUUCUUGAACCAGAUAUUUUUCAUUCCAAUCAUGCAAUGGUCAAUCCCUGCUCACGUUUAUGAUCUAAAUUCUCUCUUUACUGCCACUUCCUCCCUUUCGACUCAGGCAAUUCACUUUAGCCGUAUAUUUUGCUCGUUUCUCUACUUGUUUGGAUCUUGUUCUGUAUUUCAUGUACGUUUAUCUCCUCUUGUAUUGUGCCAUCCGUUGCAUUCUGCCACAAGGCCAAGUGUAAAGCUCGAUUUACUACUGUAAAACCUGCUCUAACUUAAUGAAAACAAAUAUGGUGGGAAUUCGUCUGUUUAUUCUUUGUAAGCGCAAGGCCAGAGUGCCGCUUCUGUAGCAUGGUCUAAUUUUUAAUUUCAGAUUAAAUAGCAGCCGCUAUCAACACCAGUCAUUUAUUGAAGCGUGCUUUCAAAGCAAAUUGUUGGUUUUUCCAUCCCUGUUGAAUUUGUAAUGUUUUAGAAAUUGAAUAGAUUGACAAGCACUUAUUGUAGAUCACUGGUGCAGCUACUCAUUGCUUUUUACAAAAAAAAUAAAAAAUGAGAACGCUACUUUUGCCAUGAGGCAGAGGUAAAUUUUAAUGACUUUUAUCAAGCAAGAGUAAAUGGAUGAACUGGAUGGACCAUCUUAUAAUUCCCCAUUUGGAGUCCCUUUUUAUUCCUCACAUCGAAGUCUGAAUUUUGUUUUUGUUUUCUGGUUGUUUUAAUUGAAAGCAACUUGUCUGGUUAUAUUGGAUUGCUGGUGAUGUAGUAAAAAGAUUUUUGUAAAGUGUGAAUAAUGUAUCACGUUUCCUUUGACAUGAAUUGUGUUGUGUAUUAUGAUUGAUAUCUAAUUGUUUUUGUCAUUUUGUUUUGUAAUUCUUAAAACCAAAUUUUUUUGUAAAGAUGUUGGCACACUGAAUUAUAGAUUUAUAUUGUUGCUAACCUUCACUUCAAGAUGCUUUUAAGGAAAAAAAACAUCAAUGAAAUCUUCACAGAGAAAUAAAGAGCUGUCAUUUUGUCACGAAACAAAAUCAACUUUGACCCUUAGCUUUGUGGCAUUUCACCUGGUUGGAGAGCCAGUAAUUUACUUACAAAUGUGUUUGGGUUGUGGGAUGCAUAGUGGACACAUUCUCUAUCCUGUUUUUCCUACUUUCUUAGGUGUUUUUGUGCUAUCUGUCUCCAGAAGAAAGUAAGGUUUAGGGCAGAACAAAGAGACAUUUUAUGUUAGUGUUCUCGUUUGUGCGCUCCCUCUUUCUCGGCAUCAUUGCUCUCUGAAAGCCAGUCACCUCUAAUAAAUUGCAUGUUUAGGUAUUAUUGCCAUUGCCACAGUGUUUAGGGAAUCUUUAAUUUCCUUUGGGUCAAAGACAAUGCUUUCAGGUUGGUGUCUUGUGUACAACAAGCAAAAAUAGCAUAAUGCUAGUAAUGUCAACAUACUCAACUUGGAAAUAAUGACUUUCACAACUCUUGAUUUCGUCCUUUCAGAACAACUGGGCAGUUAUUUCUGGCUUUUACCAUAGAAAGUCUUUCCUUUUGUUUCAUUGUCAACUUUUCUCUCCAUUAGUAGGGGUAGUAGUUCAAUGGUCAGGAUUGUUGUUGAAUCAGCUGAGAGUCAAUAAAUAUUUAGGUAAUGUCACUAUAUAAUGCACUGGACCAACUCUUGUUUACCAUUUAUGGAAUACCAGCAUAACACUUGCACAAUGUUUUAAAAAGAAUGUUGCAUACAUGUGUAUGGAAAAAAAAGAAUAGAUAUUACAAAAAAAAUCAAAUAAUGGCAGCUGUUUUUAAUUAAAUAUUAAGUGUUUGGGAUCAAAGCCUAAUGGUAAACAAGGUGUUUUGGAUUUCACUGUUUCUCCAGUUCUCUUGGUUCUCUGAGUAGUGAUGUGUUUAUAACAGGGUCAGCUUGUUUCCUUUACAACCAUGUAUUUUUUCCUACUCAUGGUUAAAUAAAUUCUAUAUCUGUUUCA